UUGUAAACGUACACAGUCUGCAUUGUUUUAACGCGUACAGUUUGCUGUUAAAGGGAGAAGUUGCUACUACAUCGCCUUUUAAGGAAGCUAGGCCCGGGGCACGUCAAACCGCCGGGACAACAAAGAUGAGGGCGAGACAAACGAUUUGACAGGUUGUCAGCUAACCAGCUCACUAGGACGGUUUUCUGUAAUAAAUAUUUGUUAUUCGGUUUGGCUAACCAGCCUGAAGUCAUUCCACUGUUGUGAGCCCCCCCACCAUGACAUCUGCCCUAGAUGAAAGCGAUAAAGAAAAGACGCGCUCUGUGUCUGUGGACCUAAACAAUGAUGCCUCUCUCCUCAUUGACAUUCCUGAUGCACUCUGUGAAAGAGACAAAGUCAAAUUUACUGUCCAUACAAAGACCACACUCAGUGCUUUCCAGAAGCCGGAGUUCUCAGUUCCCAGACAGCAUGAAGACUUCAUCUGGCUACAUGACACUCUGGUGGAGACAGAGGACUAUGCUGGCCUUAUAAUUCCUCCAGCUCCCCCAAAGCCCGAUUUUGAGAGCCCAAGAGAGAAGAUGCACAAACUGGGGGAAGGUGAAGCCACUAUGACUAAGGAGGAGUACAACAAGAUGAAACAAGAGUUGGAGGCUGAAUAUCUGGCUGUGUUUAAGAAGACGGUCCAAGUGCAUGAAAUUUUCCUGCAGAGAUUGUCCUCUCAUGCCAUUCUCAGCAAGGACAGAAACUUCCAGAUUUUCUUGGAGUAUGACCAGGAUCUCAGUGUGAGAAGAAAGAAUGCAAAGGAAAUGUUUGGAGGUUUCUUCAAGAACAUGGUGAAGACGGCUGAUGAGGUCAUCAUCUCAGGGAUAAAGGAAGUUGAUGACUUCUUUGAACAGGAGAAGACUUUUCUGCUUGACUAUUACAGCAAGAUAAAAGAUUCCACUGCCAAAGCAGAGAAAAUGACCCGCUCUCACAAAAAUGUUGCUGAUGAUUAUAUUCACAUCUCAGCCACUCUGAACACUCUGUCUGCCGAUGAUAGUACAGCGCUUAAGAAACAUCUGGACAAGUUGUCAGACCUGUUUGAGAAACUUAGGAAAGUAGAGGGCAGAGUGGCAUCUGACCAAGAGCUGAAACUUACUGAGCUGCUAAGAUACUACAUGAGAGACAUCCAGGCUGCCAAGGACCUUCUGUACCGGCGAGCUCGGGCUUUAGCUGACUAUGAGCACUCUAACAAGGCGUUGGAUAAGGCACGACUGAAGAGCAAGGACGUUCCCCAGGCAGAGGAACACCAGCAGCAGUGCCUGCAAAAGUUUGACAAGCUCUCAGAGUCUGGAAAGAGAGAGCUCACCAGUUUCAAGGGCAGGCGUGUUGUGGCCUUCAGGAAGAACCUCAUAGAGAUGGCUGAGCUUGAGAUCAAGCAUGCCAAGAACAAUGUGACUCUGUUGCAGGGAUGCAUUGACCUGCUCAAAAGCAACUGACCAGUUUUCAGACAUUCCUAUCAUCACCAAGUGACCAGACAUAGUGAAGGGAAUCCUGAUGUCCCUAGAGCCUGGCAUGGACCCAAACCCAAGCACUAUCUCUGCUCCUACUCCCCAGGGUCAGAUGCCACUUUAAAAAAAAAUCUGCACAAGAGCAAGUGUCUUGUUAGCAGUGUGUCUCCAUGUUUACAGAUUCCUUGUCCUCUGAUUUGUGGUCUUCUCUUUCCAUGAUCUAUGGAAUUCUUACCUGAUGUAUUUGGCUCCAGAGACUGAGGCUGCCAGCACCCUUAAGGUCUUCCAUACUUUUGCAGCAUGAAUAGUAGUUAUUUUUCUUAUUCUGUAAGUUCUUGCUUUCUCAUAUUUUUCAUGAUAAAUGAUGCAAGGGGUGGAGGUUUUGCCUUUUUGAUCAUUUUUUUUUUUGUUUGUUUGUUUUGCCUGCAUAAAGGCACAUUCUAAACUCUUCCUUUCUUCACAUACACCAAAUAGUAGUGUAGAGUCUAAUCCAUCAAAAUUAGCUGUUUUGAAUGCAUUUUGAUUAUCUUUUAAUGGGCUUAGGGGAUUAUUUUUCUCAUUGCAUAACCAUAACCUUUGUCGUAUAAUUCAUAUAAUUAAUCUGCUUACAGCUAAGGCUUUUUUUUUUUUUUUUUUUGGUAUGAAACCGUUUCACAGAUGGGGCUGUUUCAAAUAGAAAAUGUACAGUUUACAACAGAAAAAAAAAACUUAUGCCUGGAAAAAAGUCCUCAUGUUCUGCAUUCCUGGACUCUGAGAUAAGUGUACAACCAAGCCAGACUUCUCUAAACCACUAGCAAAGUGCUCUUCCAUGAUUAAGAAGACGAAAAAGAUCCUUACGUGUUCAAAAAUAGCUGCAAAGCACCGCAGGAAUGGACAGUUGGAUUUGUUCUUACAUUCCUCUGUAAUCUUGGGUUCAGAUCUCACAGUUGUCAAAGAUGCACACUCCCUCGACAAAAUGACUUCAGACUUAUGCACAAAUGCAUUUUUUCAACUCAGCCUUGAUUUGUGUCAGCAAUUAAGUAAGAUUUGUAGACUGGAUCUUGGUUUGCUGUGAAGCCAGCCGUUGAAGCCUAUAUGCUGUAUAAACCACACAUGAUUAAAGGUGUGAGCAAGAGGUUAGUAAGACAAGCCAAGCUCGUGGCUAUUUAAUCUUUGAACAGUUUUAGGAGAAAAAAAUAUAUUUGUACUGAAUAUGGAUCUGAGUGUGUAUUUCCUGGGGUUUAUUUGCUCAGGGUUGUAAUGACCAGCUACAGCCACAAAACCCUGAGUUUCAUUGAUCAGCUUGUAAUGUUCACAUACUAUGCCUUCACCAGCUCCUUCAUUCCAGCCACGCUUACCCAUUCACACACUUUUCAGAUAGUGGUUGUGUUUUUUUUUUUUUUCUUCUUUAUUUUGCCCUAGCUUUCUUUUUGUUACUUAUGAGUCAUUGUUGAAUUUUAAGAAUUUGUUUAGAUAAAAUGCACUAAGAGGAUGAAAAAUACUUUGCAAUCAUUACCAAGCUCAGUGGAGUGUUUAAAAAUGCAUUAAAGAUAAGAGUUUUUGAUAAUUGAAUGUAUUUCUAAUGGAUUCUCGCUGUGUGAAUUACUUCACAUAAUGCUUUUCUUACAGAACAUUAGCAUUUUAUAAAUUUGUAAUAAUGGCAUCGAAUAAAUCCUACUUUCCCAAA